CUGAGUUUCGAGACCCAGCCAGAGCCGCCGAAGAGGAGAUGCGGGUGGAUUACAGCUUCUGCGGGCUUCCACCGGACUGGCAGAAGAAGGAUUAAGUCAAGGGCACCUCCGAAAGAUCUGCUGUUGUUUUUUCCCCCCCGACGUUGAGUUCCAGUUUGAGGCUGCCUGCUUUGCCAGGGACUUUUCUCGCUUGCAGAAUCGGAGUUUGGAAUAUUGUUUUCCAGAGAUCUGAGGAACCGAGUCUUUGAAGUGUGACCGGCCACGAUCGAGGAAAAUGCUUGUGAAUGGUUGACUGGAUGUUCUUGAUCCUCUAAAACCUCCUCCGUGCAGAGAACUAUGGCGACAAGGCUGGCGGUGAUUGCAGAAGGAAGCGUAGUUGAGACAGGAAAGGUUCUGAGAUAAUCGGACGAACUCAUGGGAGGCCCUAGCCAGAAGCCAAGGCGUGGCUUCAAAGCUGUUCUAAAGGCUUGAGUGGCUCAGUUUCCCAGGAAGGGUAUGGCCAAAUCCUUUUUCAGACCACAAAAGUUUCUUCGGAGGACCCAGUUUCUGCUCUUUUUCCUCACGGCUGCUUAUUUGAUGGCAGGUAGCCUUCUCCUCCUACAGCGAUCUCGCUUGGUUCUGCAGCAGGGCUCCCGAGCGUCCUCCAGGAAUCAGGGCCUACCCAUUGCUGAGACUUUGCUGUGGGAUGCCAAUGGAGAAAGCAGACCAGUUCAGAUGCCUCGCUUGACUUCUAAGCUUCUUGUGAACAUGCAGACAGUGUAUGGAUCCAACCUGGACCAGAAAGAUGGACCGCGGUGGUUGAUCUCCAGAAACUCUGAAUUGAGACAGUUACGGAGGCGGUGGUUUCUCCGAUUUGUAAAUGACCAAGAACCUGUUCCGGCUUCUGGAGCAAAAACACCGAAGCACACCUCCAAAAGCAAAGGUUGCAAUGAUGAUCUAAGAAGUAUUUUGUUUUUGGUUUUGCCCAGGGCUUAUAAAUAUGCUGGCUUGGUAUAUGGAGCAGAAUGCUAUUGUGGAAACCAGCUGCCAGUGAAUAUUGCAAAGCAGGAAGAGUGCAACCAUGAGUGUAAAGGGGAGAAAAGGACCAUCUGUGGAGGUAUCAACAGGCUGUCUGUUUACCAGGUGGAGGAAUCAGGGGCAGGGCCUAAACGACGGCAAAAUAUUAUCUAUCGAGGAUGUUUUAAAGUGCCAGAAAAUUUAACAAACAUCUUGCCAGCUUCGUUAAUACAUUCCAAUUUGACAGUGGAGAUGUGCUCUGAAUUUUGCUCCAAAAAGGAAUUCCCUUUGGCAGUUAUUAGAAGGCCUCAGUGCCAUUGUGGCUUUGCAACAAUUAAUUUCCCGCUGCAUAAUAGUUCUGACAGAUCAUUUUGCAGCAGGCUUGAAAAUGUCAAAGGUACGGCUGAAGUUUCAAAUACAGGAGACCAUCACUUUGUUUAUCAAACUCCAGUCCAAGAUACCCGUUGUAUUGACCGCAAUUUUCUCCCCACCAAAUCAAAAGCCCUUGUUGCUUUGUCGAGCUUCCCAGGAGCUGGAAACACGUGGGUUCGCCAUUUGAUAGAGCAUGCCACAGGAGUCUACACAGGGAGCUAUUACUUUGAUGGAACUCUGUAUAAUAAAGGUUUCAAAGGAGAAAAAGACCACUGGAGAAGCAGAAGAACUAUUUGUGUCAAAACACACGAAAGUGGCAGAAAGGAAAUUGAAAUGUUUGAUGCAGCCAUCUUACUAAUACGCAACCCGUACAAAUCGUUGGUGGCAGAAUUCAACCGGAAGUGUGCUGGCCAUCUUGGAUAUGCCACAGACCAGAACUGGAAAAGUAAAGAAUGGCCUGAUUUUGUAAACAGCUAUGCUUCCUGGUGGGCCUCUCAUGUGCUUGACUGGCUUAAAUACGGCAAGCAUCUCCUCGUAGUUCAUUAUGAAGACUUAGAAGAAGCCCUUCUUCCCAAGCUGAAGGAGAUGGUUGGAUUUCUGAACAUCACAGUGACUUACGACCGGCUCCUCUGCGUUGAAAACAACCGAGAUGGGAAUUUCAAGCGGUCGGGAGCCAAGCAGAAAGGGUUUGAACCCUUCACAAAGGAAAUGAAAGAAGUGAUUGAUCCGUUUAUUGUGAUAGUGGACAAAGCCCUACGUGAGAGGAACUUUACUGGGCUGCCAAAAAUGUAUUUGCGCAGAUGAUGCCCUGCAGCCAGCUUGCUGCGUUGUUAAAGAAAGACCGAAUAAUGAAAUUAAAGAAAAGGCCAGGAUUUUAUAGCAUUUAAAAAGCAAGAUUUGCACAGAGUCUGCUGAUGAAUGCAAAUUCUUAAGACUUGGACAGUCUUCAGGGUACUAAGUGCUAUGAAAGGCAAGCAAUGAAGGAUGGAAAUUAGGUUAUAAACCGAGGCAAAAGCCAUUAGCAUCUCUGCCUGUGUGUGUCCUUCUCUCUAUAAAUGGCUACGAAUUUUAACAUUUUUGUGCACUGCUAAUUCUGGGAAAUGUGGCUGGGGGCGGGAAGCAACAGUGUCCUUUCUCUUAUCCUUACUGCCUACUAGCAAUAUUUUCUCAAGAGUAUCAAAACAUUUUUAUAGAGGUUUUUGGCAAUUCAAAUGUGUAUUUUUCCCCUGGGGUUUUG